AUGAGUGAGACAAACGCCAGCACCACGCUGGAAACAAAAUUAUUUCAAUUGCAACUAACGACGAAGCGCACGGACGGAAUUCUUGCAAAAUCCGAAGAAGAGCCUAUUGCUCGACAUCAGGGAACACUCAGAACUGUUAUUGGCGAAGUGGAAAAUCUAAGGCUUACGGUUGAAGCUGAAAAACUGGGCAGAAAAGAGGAUACUACCGAGUGGAGCGAGGAGAUUGAUACCAAAAUCAGCGAGGCAGAUAGUCAUGUAAGACUGACGAAGGAAUGGUUGGCGGAAAACAAGAGGAAACUAGAGGAGAUGGAGAACGACGAGAAGAUCAAGUUUGAGGUAAAACUGCAUGAAACUAAAGUAAAGUUACAAGAUGAACAUAUUCUUAAAAACACCUCGCAGACCAGUAAAACUAUGAUUGGAAUGCAAGCGAAAUUACCGAAGCUAGUGAUUUCGAAAUUUAAUGGUUCUCCUAUGGAUUGGCCAAGGUUUUGGGGACAAUUCUCAGAGAACAUUGAUCAAUCCGCAAUUGCCCCGGUGACUAAGUUUUCUUAUCUUCGCGAGUUGUUAGAGCCUAAAGCACGACAAACAAUCGAAGCAUUGCCCUUCCACAGCGAAGGGUACAAUCGAGCGAUAAGCAUCCUGAAGGAUAAGUUUGGGAAAGAAUCCGAGAUAGUAAAGGGUUACACGCGCGAGAUACUUGGGUUGCCCACAAUACAAGCGGCCAAUCAGAAAAAGAUUCAUGAGUUUAGCGACAAAUUGUCGUACUGCGUUCAAGCUUUAGAGACAUUGGACAAGCUUGACGGGGUCAAUGGCGCCGUGCCAAUGACUCUUGAUAAACUGCCUAGCAUUCGUGGAGAUUUGGUGCGAACGGACCCUGAAUGGGAGAAAUGGACCUUCACCAAACUAGUUGAAGCGCUCAAAGAGUGGUGUCGAAGAAAUCCAAUCGACAAACCAUCUGAACUAAACGACGACUCGUUUAGCAGCAAGAGAAGAGACAAGCUGUUUCAUGUCUCUCGUCAGAGAUUAAAUCCACGUAAUUGCGUUUAUUGCGAUAGCGGCGAACACAAAACAAACGAUUGCGCAAAAGUAACUCUGACGUCAGCCCGUAAACAGAUACUAGCCAAGAAACGAUUAUGUUUUAAUUGCGCCGCGGGCAAUCAUAAAGCCUCUGAGUGUCCGAGUAAAGCCACUUGUAGGAAGUGCGAAAAGAGACAUCACACGUCUAUUUGUGAUUCUCACGACAACAAGGCCGGUGGUCAAAUUUCUGGCCAAAAUUCAAACGCUGCCAUGACUACAUGCCAGAAAAGCGAAGCGGUGUUUCCAGUAGUCGUUGUAGAAGUCAAUGGAAUUCGAUGUAGAGCGCUGAUUGAUUCGGGAGCUGGGAGCUCCUACGUGUCAGCAAAACUGAUAGACUUACUCAAACUGAAACCAUCACAAUCCCAGAUUAAAAACAUUGACAUGUUAAUGGCCUCUAAGACGUCCAAACUCGAGAUUUACGAUAUGAAAUUUGACUCGCUAGACGGCUCGUUUAGUCUUCCCGUAAGAGCUACAAAGGUAAACAAGAGUGAACUUUUGUUGAUCGACAAUCCCAAAUACCCCAAAUUAAUCAAUCAACACCCCCACUUAACGGGCGUGACAAUGAACGACGAUGACGUCAAAGAUACCCUGCCUGUCCAUGUCAUUUUGGGGAGUGGGGAGUAUGCGAAGAUUAAAACGCAAACAAGACCGAGAAUAGGAGACGAGAAAGCCCCUAUCGCCGAGUUGACCAAGUUUAGUUGGUUUCUAAUGGGCCCUGGGUACGAGUUCGAAAGCAACGUGAUGUUGAUGACCCAGACCUCCCACGCCGAGUACGAGGAAUUGUGUAGACUGGACGUUUUAGGGCUCGAAGAUACCCCCCAACAUGACCAGACGGUGGUAUUUAGCGAGUUUAAGGAACAGUUGACCCGAUCUCCCGAGGGAUGGUACGAGACCGCGUUACCUUGGAAACCAAACCAUCCCUAUCUUCCAAACAAUGAACGUGGUAGCCUGAAGCGACUCGGAGGUUUGACUAAAAGACUUCAACGCGAAAACUUGAUGGAGAAGUACGACGGCAUUAUACAAGAACAACUCGCUGAGGGGGUCAUCGAAAGAGUUCCACCCCUCGUGGUGACCGGAAGUGACUCCAUUCCACCUCCCGUGGUGACCGGAAGUGACCCUAUUUCACCUUCCGUGGUGACCGGAAGUGACUCCAUUCCACCUCCCGUGGUGACCGGAAGUGACUCUAUUCCACCUCCCGUGGUGACCGGAAGUGACCCUAUUCCACCUCCCGUGGUGACCGGAAGCAACCCUAUUCCACCUCCCGUGGUGACCGGAAGUGACUCCAUUCCACCUCCCGUGGUGACCGGAAGUGACCCUAUUCCACCUCCCGUGGUGACCGGAAGUGACUCCAUUCCACCUCCCGUGGUGACCGGAAGUGACCCUAUUCCACCUCCCGUGGUGACCGGAAGUGACUCCAUUCCACCUCCCGUGGUAACCGGAAGUGACCCUAUUCCACCUCCCGUGGUGACCGGAAGUGACCAUAUUCCACCUCCCGUGGUGACCGGAAGUGACUCCAUUCCACCUCCCGUGGUGACCGGAAGUGACCCUAUUCCACCUCCCGUGGUGACCGGAAGUGACUCCAUUCCACCUCCCGUGGUAACCGGAAGUGACCCUAUUCCACCUCCCGUGGUGACCGGAAGUGACCAUAUUCCACCUCCCGUGGUGACCGGAAGUGACUCCAUUCCACCUCCCGUGGUGACCGGAAGUGACCAUAUUCCACCUCCCGUGGUGACCGGAAGCGACCCUAUUCCACCCCCCGUGGUGACCGGAAGUGACCUAGUUCCACCCCCCACUGUGAGCGGAAGCAACGCAAAGGAAUUCUACAUUCCACACAGAUACGUAGUCAGAGAAUCAGCCCAGACGACCAAAAUGAGGAUUGUAUAUGACGCCUCGGCCCGAGAAUCACCCGAAGCUCCAUCCCUGAACGAUUGCCUCUAUGCAGGACCAGCCUUACAGAACAAGUUAUGGAACGUUCUGGUACAACAGAGAGCAUUUCCUGUGAUAAUUUCGGGUGACAUCAAACAAGCCUUCCUACAGGUUCGAGUCCGACAAUGUGAGAGAAAUGCGCUCCGAUUCCAUUGGAGAUCCCAUGCUGACGCAGAGAUCCUAACCUAUCGUUUUACGCGAGUGUUAUUCGGCCUUGCGCCUUCGCCAUUUCUACUUGGGGGAGUCCUCGAAUGUCACCUCGACUUGUGGUCCCAGAAAUAUCCGGAAGACGUGGAGCGAAUACGUCGCAGUUUAUACGUCGACGAUAUUUUGUCUGGUGGUCAAGACACAACAGAGGCGAAACAACGGAAAACCACUGCAAUCGAAAUUAUGGACGAUGCAAAGUUCAAAUUACACAAAUGGAACUCCAACGUGCCAGAGUUAGAAGACAUCAACGACGAAAUCUGUGACGAACAGUCGUUUGCAAAACAACAAUUGCAAGUCAAGCCGAGUGAGUCAAAGUUGUUGGGCCUCAAAUGGGACAAGACCACGGAUACCAUCUCAGUGGAAUUCCCUGCCCGUACGCCAGCAACCACCAAGCGUGAACUCCUCGCAAGUUUAGCAAGGAUCUACGACCCGCUAGGUCUAGUAUCACCGAUAACGUUGCAAGGCAAACUCGUGUUUCGCGACGUAUGCGACUCCAGGAUCGGAUGGGAUUCCAAUCUCCCAGACAACCUUAAAAAACGAUGGCUGAAGUUCGAGAAGUCCCUUCCCGAACGAAUAAGUAUCCCAAGACCACUCGCGCCAUACCAUCAACCAGUCGAUUCAGCCGAGUUGCACGUAUUUGGAGAUGCAUCAACUGAGGGAGUAGGCACGGUCGUCUACUCUGUGGUCCGCCAGGCCGAAGGAGUUACAACUUCCCUCGUUGCGGCGAAGUCCCGAUUGGCGAAGAAGAAUCUGACGGUGCCGAGAUUAGAGUUGGUCAGUGCUCAUAUGUCAGCAAAUAUCGUGACAAACGCAAAGAAUGCCCUGAUAGAGCUUCCCACACCAGAGAUAUUUGGUUGGUUAGACAGCACCGUUGCACUUCACUGGCUUCUCGGUAACGGUCAGUACAAACAGUUCGUCGCGAAUCGCGUGAGAAAGAUACAACAACAUACUGAGAUCCAGUGGAGGUACGUGCCUACCGAAAAGAAUCCGGCAGACAUCGCGAGCCGUGGAGGACAUAUUGCUAACAGUACGUGGUUGACUGGCCCUGAAUGGCUCGCUGAUCGUGAUCGCUGGCCAGAAAAUCGAGUAGCGGAGAAAUCACCUGCCUCGGAGGUCGAAGCGAAAGUCAUGAAGGAAGUGCUCAGCCUCGCACAAGAACAAGAACAAGAUAAAGAUUCUGAGAACGACCCCUUCGAGAACCUCCUCCAACGUCACGAUCUGCUUCGCGCACUCCGAAUUCUAGCCUGGGUACGCCGCUUUACGACAAACCGUCAUCGUAGAGGGCCCCUGACGUCCGAUGAC